AUGGGGAUUCGGGGGCUGCACUCGCUGUGUUCGUCUCAGGCCAACGAGCUUGCGGAUGCAGUGAACAUCACCAUCAUGUCGAGAGAGCGGGUUACCAAGGGGGAGAGGAGGCCUAUCAUUAUCAUCGAUGGGAUGUUUCUCAUAUUCCACAUCUUUCAAAAGCUUGAUGUUACAUGGCAUUGGCUCCUGGGAGGCGAAUACAAGAUGUUUGCUGCUGAAUUGGAAAAGUUCAUCAAGGACAUGCAGACAUGCGAAGUGGAUAUCGUAGUGGUUUUGGAUCCGGCUCGGGGAAGUGAGGGGCUACAAAAGAAGAAAUCUGAGCACGAGAAACGGUUUGCAGACAGGAGUGAGAACAUGGACAAGAUCAUCUCAUGCAUACAGAAAAAUGAAGACCCCGAAUCUCUAGAUGAGGUCGAAUGGUCCCUCGAAGAAUGA